GCUUGGAAAUGCCCCGGAAGCGGAAGCCCGGGAAGGCGCUCACAUUUGCAAAGCCGCGACGGAGCAGUUCGCCGCGCGAGUCGACGGCUAGGAAGAGGAGAAGGGCCCAGCCAUGAGCCUCUUAAACAAGCCCAAGAGUGAGAUGACCCCAGAGGAGCUCCAGAAGAGGGAGGAGGAAGAGUUCAACACGGGGCCCCUCUCUGUUCUCACCCAGUCCGUCAAAAACAAUACUCAGGUGCUAAUCAACUGCCGAAACAACAAGAAACUGCUUGGCCGGGUCAAAGCCUUUGACAGGCACUGCAACAUGGUGUUGGAAAACGUUAAGGAGAUGUGGACAGAGGUGCCCAAGAGUGGGAAAGGCAAGAAGAAAUCGAAACCUGUCAACAAGGACCGCUACAUCUCCAAGAUGUUCCUGCGUGGAGAUUCGGUCAUUGUGGUGCUGCGGAACCCCCUAAUCGCUGGCAAAUAAUAGGCUGUCAGCAGGCUGUAGGUGCUUGAGAGCCUAGUCCAGUAAAGUGGUCUAAUCAAGAAACCAACAAGAGGCAUUUAAAAGUAUUUUUGAGCAAAGAAUAUACAGUACCCCAAUGAAGGAAAGUGCAAGGCUUCUUGCUAUUCAUAGAGGUGAUAAUGACAUUUCCAAUCCCCAGACACCUGGUUAUGUUCGUAUAUGUUGCCUGAUGACCUUUUCUUUUGUAAUAAACAUUUUGUUAAAAUCCUC